GCGUCGGUGACGGAGUUCGGCGCCGACGGCGCGGUGACGACGACGAACGUGAACAAGUACGCCGCGCACCUCGCCAAGGAGGGCUGCGCGGGCGUCUUCGUCAACGGGACGUCGGGCGAGUCGAUGUCGCUGAGCGUCGAGGAGCGCGAGCGGCUCGCGGCGGCCUGGAAGCGCGCCGGCGACCUGCACGGCCUGAAGAUCGUCGUCCACGUCGGCUGCGACUCGACGGUCGACGCGGCGCGGCUCGCGGCGCACGCGGAGCGGCUGGGGUGCGCGGGCGUCUCCGCGAUGGCGCCGCGCUUCUUCAAGUGCGGCGGCGCGGCCCAGCUCGCGGAGUACUGCGCGUUUAUCGCGGGCGCCGCGCCGCGCACGCCCUUCCUCUACUACCACUUCCCCAUGGCCACGGGCGUGGCGACGAAGCCGUCGGAGUUCUUCGCGGCGGCGAAGCCGCUCAUCCCGACGCUCGCGGGCAUGAAGUUCAGCGACGGCAACAUGUGGGAGUACGGCGACUGCUGCGACGCCGAUCCGUCGGGCGCCCUCGCCUUCAUGCCGGGCUUCGAGGCCCAGACGCUCGCGUACCUGCCGUACCACCCGCGCGAGACGUUCGGCGCGAUCUCGCUGUCCUUCAGCGUGCUCGCGCCCCUCCACGCGCGCAUCGCCGACAAGUUCUACGGCGGCGACGCCGCGGACGCCCACCACCUCCAGGCGGCGAGCCGCAAGUUCUUCCGCGCGGUGACGCCCUACGGCUGG